AGCAGGAAGCGAGGGCGAGCGGUAGGGGCUGGGGAAGGGCGAGCGGGAGGCGCGGGUUCUCUCUAGCAGGGGGCUGCCACCAUGAAGUGGCUCUCAGCUGUCGCUGGCAAGGGCGUGCGGGGCCCGGAGCGCCCGAGCGCUUUCAGCGAGCUGGUCUACACCAAGAACGACUCGUACAUCAUCCACUUCGGGGAUCUCGGGAAGAUCCAUAAAGCUGCCUCCCUGGGCCAAGUCCAGAAGCUGGAGAGUAUGACAGUAACGAAGAAAACCAUCGACCUGAACAAAGGAGAUGUGAAGAAGAGGACUGCUCUACACUGGGCCUGUGUCAACGGCCAUGCGGAAGUAGUAACAUUUCUGGUAGACAGAAAGUGCCGACUUGAUGUCCUUGAUGGCGAAAACAGGACACCUCUGAUGAAGGCUCUACAAUGCCAGAGGGAGGCUUGUGCAAAUAUUCUCAUAGAUUCUGGUGCUGAUCUAAAUGUUGUAGAUAUGUAUGGCAACACAGCUCUCCAUUAUGCUGUUUAUAGUGAGAAUUUGUCAAUGGUGGCAAAACUGCUGUCCCAUGGUGCAGUCAUCGAAGUGCAAAACAAGGCUAGCCUCACACCCCUUUCACUGGCCAUAAUGAAAAGAAGUGAGCAAAUUGUGGAAUUUUUGCUGACCAAAAAUGCAAAUGCAAAUGCAGUUAAUGAGUUUAAAUGCACAGCCCUUAUGCUUGCCAUAUGUGAUGGAUCAUCAGAGAUCGUUGGCAUGCUUCUUCAGCAAAAUGUUGACAUCUUUGCUGAAGAUAUGUGUGGAAUGACUGCAGAACAUUAUGCUGCUGCUUGUGGAGUUAAUUACAUUCAUCAACAACUUUUGAAACAUAUACGAAAAUUAUCUAAAAAUCCUCAAAAUACCAAUCCAGAAGGAACACCUGCAGGAACAACUGAUGGGGCUGCACCCUUGGCGGAAAGAACUCCUGACAUGGCUGAAAGCUUGGUGGAAAGACCACCUGAUGAGGCUGCACCCUUGGUGGAGGGAACGUCUGACAAAAUUCAAUGUCUGGGGAAAGCGACAUCUGGAAAAUUUGAACAGUCCUCAGAAGAAACACCUAGGAAAAUUAUGAGGCCUACAAAAGAAACAUCUGAGAAAUCUGAAUGGCCAGCAAAAGAAAGACCUAGGAAGAUCACAUGGGAGGAAAAAGAAACAUCUGUAAAGACUGAAUGCGUGGCAGGAGUAACACCUAAUAAAACUGAAGAUUUGGAAAAAGGAGCAUCUAAGGUGAUCACAUGUCCUACAAAAGAAACAUCUAUAAAAGCGAGUACAAAUGUGGAUAUGAGUUCUGUAGAGCCUAAAAUCAGUCUUUGUGGCAAACCGACUAUUGAAAAUUCACAGUCUACAAAACUUGAGGAAGACUUUAAUCUUGCUACCAAGGAGGGAGCAACAAAGACAGUAACUAGACAACAAAAACAUGAUAUUGGCAUUAUUGAACGAGCUCCACAAGAUCAAACAAAGCCUCCUGAGAAGCCAUCUGCCUUCAAGCCUGCCACUAAAAUGCAAAACUCUGUUCCAAAUAAAGCCUUCAAAUGGAAGAAUGAACAAACAUUGAGAACAGCUCAGAUGUUCCAAUCAGAAUCCAAACCAAAGGACAAUGAAGAAAAUUCCUUGGAUUUUGAGAAUUUCCUUGAGAAUGUUUUACAGAAUGAUGAAUGUUUACCCAAGGCUACACAUCAAAAAGAAUUCAGUAAAAUAAGUGGAAAAUUAGAAGAGUCUUCUGAUAAAGAUGGUCUUCUGCAGCCUACCGGUGUAAUGAAAGCUUCCAAUCCAAAUAAAGCCUUAGAAUUGAAGGACAGAGAAACAUUCAAAGCAGCUCAGAAGUUCCCAUCAGAAUCCAAACAAAAGGACGAUGAAGAAGAUUGUUUGAAUUUUGAGAAUUUCCUUGAGGAUCUUUUACAGAAUGAUGUGUAUUUACCCAAGGCUACACAUCAAAAAGAAUUCGAUACAAUAAGUGAAAAAUUAGAAGAGUCUUCUGAUAAAGAUGGUCUUCUGCAGCCAACCUGUGGAAUGAAAGUUUCUAUUCCACAUAAAGCCUUAGAAUUGAAGGACAGAGAAACAUUCAAAGCAGUGGAUGUGAGUUCUGUAGAGCCUAUAUCCAGUCUUUUUGGCAAACUGACUACUGAAAAUUCACAGUCUCCAAAAGUUGAGGAAGACUUUAAUCUUGCUACCAAGGAGGGAGCAACAAAGACAGUAACUGGACAACACGAAAAUGAUAUUGGCAUUAUUGAACGAGCUCCACAAGAUCAAACAAAUAAGAUGCCCAUAUCUGAAUUAGGACAAAAAGAAGAUACAAAAUCAACUUCAGUUCCUGAGAUUAUCUCUUUGAAUGAUACACAGAAUUAUGUGUGUUUACCUGAGGCUACAUAUCAAAAAGAAAUAAAGACAAUAAAUGGCAAAAUAGAAGAGUCUCCUGAAAAGCCUUCUGACUUUGAGCCUGCCAUUGAAAUGCAAAACUCUGUCCCAAAUAAAGGCUUAGAAUGGAAGAAUAAACAAACAUUAAGAGCAGAUAAUAUGUUCACAUUAAAAUCAGGAGAAGAAACAUAUGCAGAAUCACAUUGGAGUUCUGAGAACUUUGAACAGAAUAUUUCUGAAAGUGCUGCGCAGAAUUACAUGUGUUUACCUGAGGCUACAUAUCAAGAAGAAGUCAAGAAUAUAAAUGGAAAACUAAAGGUCGUCAAAGCUACUAAAAACAGAAACUUUCUAACUAGAACAUGUUUUUUCUCACGAUUUUUCAAGUGUGUAUGUCGUUUGGAAGAGGUUUCUCACCCUCGUGAAAAUGACAAUGAUCUCUUUCAUGAAAAUUGCAUGUUGAAAAAGGAAAUUGCAAUGCUAGAACUGGAAAUAGACACACUAACACAUCAACACCAGGAGAAGGAAAAUAAAUACUUUGAGGACAUUAAGAUUGUACAAGAAAAGAAUGCUGACCUUCAAAUGACCCUAAAACUGAAAGAGAAAACAUUAACAAAAAGGGCAUCUCAGUAUAGUGGGCAGCUUAAAGUUCUGACAGCAGAGAACACAAUGCUGACUUCUAAAUUGAAGGAAAAACAAGACAAAGAAAUACUGGAGACAGAAAUUGAAUCAUACGAUCCUAGACUGGCUUCUGCUUUGCAAGACUAUGAUCAAAGUGUGACAUCAAGAAAAAAACAAGAACUUGCUUUCCACAGUGCAGGAGAUACUCAUUUGCAAGGAAAAAUGAAUGUUGAUGUGCGUAAUACAAUAUAUAACAAUGAGAUGCUCCAUCAACCACUUUGUGAAGCUCAAAGGAAAUCCAAAAGCCUAAAAUUUAAUCUCAAUUAUGCAGGAGAUGCUCUAAGAGAAAAUACAUUGGUUUCAGAACAUGCACAAAGAGACUGUCGUGAAACACAGUGUCAAAUGAAGAAAGUUGAACACAUGUAUCAAAACAAACAAGAUAAUGUGGACAAACACACUGAACAGCAGCAGUCUCUGGAGCAGAAAUUAUUUCAACUACAAAGCAAAAAUCUGUGGCUUCGACAGCAAUUAGUUCAUGCACGUAAGAAAGCUAACCAAAGCAAGAUAACAAUUAAUAUUCAUUUUCUUGAGACGAAAAUGCAACAUCAUCUCCUAAAAGAGAAAAAUGAGGGAUUUAAUUACGGUAACCAUUUAAAAGAAUGUACAGAUCAAUGUGAAAAAGAGAAAGCAGAAACAGAAGUAAGUAUCAAAAAAUGUAAAUACUUUUCAACAUUCCUGAAAGAAAAUGGCCUUGGCUAA